CAAUUUUAAAUAAAGACAGAACAAAUGGGAGUUUCAAAAUUUGUUGUAUAUAACCUGUUCGUACUAUUCUUCGUCGACCAGUCAGUCUCAGGUUUUGACCAGUUGUGGAACUGCAGCACACACAUUGAAUUUGCUUCGAGAGAAAGGAACUGCCAUACUCUCUACCAGCGGCGCUCACCUGCGAGCGUGGAUAGCUUUUCCAUGGCACCCUCGGACAUGUCCCAAGUCCAUGCACCCCAGACACAGAGUGACAACUUUAGCCAAAACUCAAGCACCUAUGAUGAGGACGAUGGUGAAUUCCACUUUCUAGUAACCAACGGCUAUCGUCCUGAAAAGGAUCACCUGGUAAAAUUUGUAGUUUCGAUACGUUAUAGAAAAUUUCGUAAAUUCUUUGGCGACAAUCACAAGUGUGGCGGCAGUUUAAUAUCUAAGACAGUUGUUCUAACAGCAGCCCAUUGUCUGGUUAAAAGACGAUCCAACAAGCUUCGACGUAAAAGCAAAUUUACCGUAGUUGCCGGUACACCGCGUCGCCUAUUGGAGACAAGUAGCACCCAAGAAAUUAAAGUGAAAAAAGUCGUGCCGCAUUCAGAGUACACCCUUAGACCAAUAACCAAUGAUAUUGGCAUUUUACUUCUCAAAAGCGAGAUGCAGCCAAAUGAAAAUUUUGUCGCUAUAAUGCCCUUGCCUGACGAGCAUGCCACCGCUGGAUUGAAGUGCACAGUCGUUGGAUGGGGUCAUGCUGUUGAGAAUGGUCCAAUACCCGACGAGGCAGUCAGUGCCGAUUUGACUAUCCUUCCAUAUGAGUUUUGCAAUACAUUUGAGGAAUUUAGAGAAGGCAUGAUAUGUGCCGUCAGCCCAAGGCAUUUCACAGAAUCCCCCUGCCAGGGCGAUUCGGGCGGACCGCUAAUUUGCGCAGGAAAAGUUAUGGGCAUCGUCUCCUUUGGCUUCGGCUGUGGUAAGCCGGAAGGCGCCGGCUUCUUCACCGAUGUGUACUACUAUCGUAGUUGGAUAGAGCGUAAUGCAGCAAUGUGCCCAUUGGCGUCCUGGUUUUGGCUUCUAAUGAUCACGCUGGUAAUGCAAGUUCUGCGAGCACUUUAGAAUGUGUGCUUGGAGUCAAUCAGCUUUAUGGAUCUCGAUUUUAACCGAUUUUGAGUUUGGAAAAUAUGAAAAAUUCUGAGCACACGUGGUAAAUGCGUUGGCUAAGUAGCCCGCUGUAUGAUGACGUUCAAGUCGAAUGAUAUAGUAGUCAGUGCUAUUUAAAGGUUUAUUUUAAAUAUCAAGUUUCAACCCAUUUCGUCACGAAAAAUUUAAAAUUUUAGCAUGACUUUCCUCAAUUAAGGAAUCUGGUUUCAAAUAAAAGUAUACAUGGAUAUUACAAAUAUAAUCAGAAUGAGAGAAUUGAGAGAUGUACUUAUAAUUGACUCCCUAUAAUAAAUUAAACGGCAAUA